CUAAUUAAUCAGCCUCCAGCCCUUGCCGAGGAGGGCGACGGAGGGAAAGCCGCUGAGGGCCGCAGUAGGCUUCUGUUGAGCCGCUGCUGCAGUUCCUCCUCCUCCUCCUCCUCCCUUUAUGCCCCAGCAGCGGCUGUAUUCGGAGCUCACGAAACUCCAUCCUCUCCUCUGCGCCCUGGCUGACUUUUUUCUUCUUGCAAAGUGUUAGUACCUCUAGAGUGACCCGUCGCCGUGCAAAGCUCCUAUACUGAGCCCUAUAAGAGAGUAUCGUGAUCACCUGUCCACUGCCAGUGAAGCUGCCAUGUCCGUGAGUGUGAACCUUGUUGGCCCUGCCCCCUGGGGUUUUCGCAUAACCGGUGGAAGGGACUUCAGGAAGCCCAUCAUGGUGUCCAAGGUGACUGAACACAGCAAAGCAGCCCUUGGUGACCUUCGGCCUGGCGAUGUUAUAACCUCUAUCAAUGGGGAGAACACUGGUGAGAUGCUCAACGUGGAGGCACAGAACAAGAUAAAGCAGAGCUCUGGGCAGCUGCAGCUCCAAGUGGACAGGUCUCAGCAAUUCUCUCCCAGCCAGACCAAUGGCGAAAGUUCCCCAGAGAUGCUGAGUAUACGAUUUCAGGAUUCUUUAAGAACCAGAGAUGAUGGUCAGAGUUCACUGAGAUCUUCCUACUCCAGCCCAGCUUCUAUCAGCCCGCAGCCCAGCAGCCCCUACUCUCCUCCAUCCCCUAGAUUCCGUCCUGGCAGCCCACACAGCCCACAGAGGCCCCGUUUGCCCAGUGACAUCAGAGGGGAAUAUGUGGAGAAUAGCUGCAGCUUCCAGUCUCUGGGGAGUUCUUUUGGAACCUCUGAUGAACACAGCCUGCCUUCCCACGGGCAUCAGAAUCCAAGCAGCAGACAGGAGCGGAGGACUUUCAGUCCCUCCAAUGGGUCUCCCACUAUAGCCCUGCCUCCGUUGAAUGGCUCUCCAUCCCCAGGAGCAUAUUCACUUGGUAGUCCUUUGGAGAUGAGGAAGGACCAGGACAGAAGUUCUCCCUCCUUCUACAGGCGUUACAGUCUGGAUACAGAACCAGCCAUGCGUCGUUUGGAAGGGGACUCUGAAGUUUAUAAAAUGAUGCAGGAAAACCGUGAGACCCGAGCGCCACCUCGGCAGUCGAGCACUUUCCGUUUGCUCCAAGUAGCUCUGGAAUUGGAUGAAAAAGAGGGCUCCGUGGGUCACUACCCCAGCCAGCUGUCUCCCGGUGCUCACAAGCCAGUCAGCAGUUCUACAGCAGGGUCCCAGAAGCUGCAUAUGUGCGAGAAAUGUGGCAGUAGCAUCACAAACCAGGCAGUGAGGAUCCAGGAGAACCGCUACCGCCAUCCCUCCUGCUAUACCUGCACUGAUUGUGGCCUUAAUCUGAAGAUGCGUGGUCAUUUCUGGGUGGGAGAAGAGAUGUUCUGUGAGAAGCAUGCUCGCCAGCGCUACCAGGGGCCAGGAGUGACCAGCCCUCCCACUGCAGUCUAUUCUCAGUCCUAAAAAGUAUCCAAGUACAUAAGACAGAGCUUUCUCUCACACCAAAUCUGUAUUAGUACAGGAGGCACCAUGGGUAUCUUUCAACAGUUCACUUGCACCAUCUUAACCAGUCCAGGGUCUUUUCCCUAGCCCCUUUCUGAUGAAAUGGUUAGUACCUUCUGCUGGUGCAGUCCCAUCCAGGAAAGGGAGCAUCCAGUACAAAACACAAGGGCACAUGGAUCUUGGGAAUAAGGUCUGUAAGGUUUCACCAGUUGAAAAAGAACUUUCCAAUUUGCUUUCCCUUGGCAGGUUCUCAGCCUGUUUCUUAGAAGGGCAGUUUCCAUAUUGCACAAGUAUAGUCGUGUUUGGUGGCUUUGGAGGGAUGGGGUUACUCUUAAAGAUUACUUAAGGGUCAGGCUGUGCGAUGCAGGGGUCCUUGCCCUCACCACCCCUCUUUUUUGCAAAGCAACACUGACCCCCAAGUGACUCUUCCCCAGCUAUCCACUCACCCGAACAGAAGGCACCGUUGCUUCUCUUUGUGACUACUGCACCUAUUUCUCACCACCGCUGCCAACAUCGUUGCGUCCCUGUUGAAAAUGGAGAAAUGAAGAGAGGUGGGGGGAGUCUCUAAAGCACUCUGCACCGGGAUAGCGGUGGGGCAGCUUUGAACAUUGACUCUGUAAAGCUUCUCUAAAAUUAUGUAAAAUGUAAUAUAUAUGUGUGUAUAAAUUA